AUGCAAUCGUUCAUUGCGUCAUCAUCCCUUCAUCCGUCAAAAUUUCAAAUCAGCCAGCCAGUUACUACUUUUCCUCAGCAGCAUUCGCAUGUCUCCUUGUCCUUUAUCGCACCCGGCUCACCUCUUUGCUACCCUUUUGCUUUGCAUGUGCCUUUUGCCACUACUUCUGCGGCCUGGCCAGGUGGGCAAGCCAACGUUAACAAGGGCGGAAGGCUAUCAGCUUGGAAACGGUUCUCAGCAAUUAAUCCCAUAAAGAUUAAGAAAUGCAACUUGCUAGACAAGCACCUAGCGCUCUGUGUGCACAUGUUCACGCAACAGCUGUUAACGCUCGAUACCUUCCCGUUUAGGAAGGCCGUUGAGGUUUGUGCGGCCAAGCCCCGCGUCUUCGAUGCUGAGGCUCUGCAUCGCUCCUGCUACUCAAUGGCAGUUGAGGAGCUGGGGAUUGCGCACCCCUUGUCUUCGCUUACCCGCGCUAACUUGAUUGAGGCGCUUAUGGUACAGAAAGCUUGGGAGCCGGCCGGGUCUCUAAAUGUCAAAGUUGCUGAUCAAGAACAGCAGGGCCAGGAGUGUGACAGCAAGGAGGAAAAGGUCGACAUGAGCGAGGCCAGGCAAUUGCUGCAGGCUGCUCUGUCGCAGCUGAAGGCAGAAGCCGAGAUCUUGAAGGUGGCGGCUGCAAACCCCAGUGCACUGGUUGGAAAGGGUAUCGAAGGUCUCACCCAGAGCGAUGGCUUCAGCAGCGACCAGUGUGAACUGACGGCCACUGCAUUGUAUUGCCGCACAUGCAUUGCUACUGUCCGCACCUAUAUCGAGCUGGGACGGUUGGAGAUGGAGGCAGGAGAGGACCUGGCGGCUGCGGAGGAUGCAUAUCGCGCGGCGGUAGAACUGUGUGAUGAGGUAUAUGGAGCGGACAGCAGGGAGAGCCAGGGGACGGCCUCUAGUCUAGCGAACUGCCUACGAGCUGCUGGGAAAAAAGAGGAGGCCAGGGUACUGUAUGAGAGGCUGUACGACCUAACAUUCAAGCGCAACGGCUGCGGCGAGGCGACAGCUGUGCACUUGGCCCAGUCGCUUGCAGACCUGGCAGAGGAGGCUAGGGGUCUCUGCUUAGUCUUUGGUAGCCCGUUGCUGGCAUUUCAUUCUGUUGCCUGGCCUCAGUUUGCAAGUCUUUCAUUUUUCGACUUUUAA